ACACUAAUCGUCAGUCGACGACGGAAAUCCAGCGAGAACAGAACUAUGCAUAGUCCCCGAUUGUGGAAUAUAAAGCGGGCAUCCGUCCUUCUCAGCGUCGCCCUCCUGCUCUAUGUUUUUGUUUUCUCCAGCGGCUAUCAGAAGUACCAGAUCGAGGGCAUUAUCAAGCGGAGCCAACCGGAAAAGGUUUGGGAGUAUGUCGCCGAUUUCAAUAAGAUGCGGCUACUGAACCCCACUAUCAUCAAUUUCAAGAUCCUUGCCGAUCACGGACACGCCCACGACUGGCGCUAUACGGUGGAAUAUACAGAAAGACUCUCCCAUUGGCCCUACUGGAAAAAUACGGCCACUGCGAGAUACGUGGUUACAAAGACAAUGCCCGGAGUAUCUCCCGUGGCCUAUGCUAUAAAGUCCACCCAUGAGACCUGCUUCUUUGCCGGAUUCUAUUGCCUGCAAUCACUUAGUGAAUUCACAUUUAGAAACUUGAAUGGUGAUACCUACGCCCAGGAAAAUAUACAGUAUCAGUGUCCCCCUUUUUUGGGAAGUAUGUGCCGGCGGGAGUUGGAGUUCCAGCGCCAGGCGGUAAUGCAUAACUUAACAAUUAUAUUCGGAAAGCAGAGAAUAUAAAAAUCUUAGGAGAAUUUU